AUGUUUGAAGCCGCGACGAAGUCGUCGCCGGUUGUGUUCUCCUCGAAAACAUCAUCAUCGUCAAAAUCGUCCCUCUCGAAAUCAUCGUCGUCGACGUCGAGAAGGAUCGUCCGAAGAGUUUCAGCGACAAAUUCAUCUUCCUCCUCCUCGGAAGAGAGAUGGCAAUCCAUGAACGUUUCGUUACCAAACUUGAGAGACAAUUUGGACCGCUCGACGACGCGGAACAUCGACGGGAAAGUGUACACGUUGACGUUAUCCGCGGAAGAUUUACCGCUCGUUUCGGAUAAGUUUUCUCAAAAGUACGACGCUCGAGUUUCGAAAGCUGGGAUUAUUGAAGCGAACUUAGCCGGGUCGGUGAAAGCGGCGGAGAUGAUAUCCAUCGGCGACGUGAACUUGGCGCUGGAUAUCACGAAGAUUACAGGGAUGAAAAAGUUUGUGGAAGUGAUCAACGGACGCGCGGCGAUGAUUGGCAUCACGGCGGCGUUGUUCGCGAAAAUCGGCACGGGGCAAGGCGUCGCGGAGCAGUUGUUUUCGCCGGCGGGGAUUUUCUCCGCGUUGUUCAUCUCUUUAUUCGCGAUUGCCAGUUCGGUAGCGCCGGCGGCUUUGAAUAAAGUGACCAUGGACGAGUGCUUUCCGGACGAGAACAAAGUGUACGAGAACGAGAGAUUACCGGUGACUUGGACGGCGGCGGCCGAAGCCGUGAACGGCAAGGUCGCCAUGGGGGUGUUUUUAGUCGCGUUGUUGACUGGUCAAUAA